AUGUCACCUUCUCCCGAGUCCGUGGAGUAUCCCUUCGACCUGGGAGCAUUCGGGCGCAAGAUCACCACGUCCAGCCCCGCCUCUCAGAUCUGGUUCAACCGGGGCUUGACUUGGGUUUAUGCGUUCAAUCAUAUGGAAGGUGUCAAAUGCUUCCAAAAGGCCAUCGCAUAUGACCCUAAGUGCGCCAUGGCCUAUUGGGGCAUCGCAUAUGCUCUAGGCCCAAAUUACAACCACCCGUGGGAUCUAUUUGAUGAAGGCACUCUCGCGGCCACUCUACCGGCAACCUAUGAGGCCGCCCAGACUGCUAAAUCUCUCAGUGCCUCCGCAACGCCGGUAGAACAGGCCCUGAUCAAUGCUAUCGCAGUUCGCUUUCAGACCAAAGAGAUUGUACCAUUUCCUGAGCUUGUUUGCCACAGUCGACAAUAUAUGCGUGCAAUGGAAGGCGUGUACAGGGAUUUUGGCGACGACCUGGAUGUUAUCACACUCUACGCAGAUUCCAUGAUGACUUUGACGCCGUGGAGGCUUUAUGAUGUGGUCACGGGCCAGCCCACCAAGGGAGCAUUCACCUUAGAGAGCAAGGAUGUUCUUGAAACAGGGCUGGAGCUCGAAAAUGCCAUGAAACACCCGGGACUUCUGCACAUGUACAUCCAUUUGUCGGAGAUGUCCCCCAACCCUGAGCGUGGCCUUUCCGCAGCCGAGCAUCUGCGCGAUCUUGUUCCAGAUGCAGGCCAUACCUACCACAUGCCGACUCACCUUGACGUCCUGGUCGGUGAUUAUCGGCGAGCGAUUUCAUCCAACAUCCACGCCACCCUGGCUGAUGAAAGGUUUUUGGCGGUAGAGGGGCCCAACAACCUCUACAGUCUAUAUCGGUUGCACAACUACCACUCGCUCAUCUAUGCGGCCAUGCAUGCCGGGAAGAAACAGAUCGCCCUGGAGACUGCGGCUCGCAUGGAAAGAACAAUUUCGGCUGAGGUGUUGCGGUCCAAGUCUCCAAACCUGGCAGAUUGGUUAGAAGGGUUCGUUGCGGUGCGCCUACACGUUAUGGUGCGCUUCGGAAUGUGGUGUGAGAUUAUUUCCAUGGCUCUUCCGGAGGAUCGGGAGCUGUACUGCGUGACUACCGCUACUAUUCAUUAUGCCAAGGGUAUCGCGUAUGCAGCCACGAACCGUGUCUCUGAAGCAGAGCAGGAACGGAAGCUAUAUGUCGCUGCGAUUGAGCGGGUUCCCAAUACCCGCCGGACUCACCCCAACCGCUCUGUCGAUAUCCUCAAUGUCGGCGUUGCCAUGCUAGAUGGUGAGAUUGAGUAUCGUCGGGGAGAACACGACAAAGCCUUCGAAACCAUGCGACGGGCCAUCGACCUAGACGACGGCCUGAAUUAUGCAGAGCCCUGGGGCUGGAUGCAGCCAGUGCGUCAUGCAUUUGCAGCCCUAUCGCUAGAGCAGGGCAACGUGGAAGCUGCCGCUGAAGCUUACAAGGCUGAUCUCGGCCUCAACUCCACUUUGGGGCGUGCACAUCACCAUCCGAAUAAUGUGUGGGCUCUUCAGGGAUAUUAUGAAUGUUUAGUCCGCCUCGGUCGGGACGAUGAAGCCAAGCUGUUGGAACCUCUGGUGAAAGUUGCACUUGCUGUCGCUGAUGUUCCCGUGAAGUCGUCCUGUUUCUGCCGGCUCAAUACGUCCGACUGUCCCGAUGUUUGCGUGCAGACCUCAUGUUGCAAAUAG